AUGGCCCAGGAUCAUGACAUAUCCAAUGUUAACUGUAGCUGGACCUCCUCAAAGCAUCGACCAGGGUGGCACAUACUGCCCUAUGCCACCACCGUAGAUCCGCCCCUGCUGGUCUCUACCAUUAAUACCAGCAGCCUUUCCUGUGCUGCUGUCCCAAUGCGGGACACUAGGAGAGCUCAGCCCACCAGGAACAAGCUGCUGCUCAUCUCCUUUGAUGGUUUCCGCUGGAACUAUGACCAAGAUGUGGACACCCCUAACCUGGAUAAGAUGGCUAAGGAUGGGGUGAAGGCACAAUACGUCACACCGCCCUUCAUCACCAUUACCAACCCCACGCACUUCACUUUGCUCACAGGACGCUAUGUUGAGAAUCACGGAGUAAUCCAUAACAUGUGGUUCAACACUACUACUCAGGAGAAGAAGGGGUACUACAUGACUCAGUUUGUUGAUUCAUACUGGGACAACGGCAGCUUACCCAUCUGGAUAACAGCACAGAGACAGGGUCUCAAAGCAGGAUCUCUACAUUUCCCUGGCAUAGCAGCCACCUACAAAGGGGAGACUGUCAGGGUGAGGGAAGUGGAACCACGUUUAUAUGAUUAUUCUAAUGAAACAGAGUGGAGGCUGAACAUCGACAAAGUGAUUGGAGAGUGGUUCCACCAACAGGACCUGGACUUUGUCUCUUUGUAUUUUGGAGAACCAGAUGGGACUGGGCACCGAUAUGGACCAGAUUCCCCAGAACGCCGGGAAAUGGUUCAACAAGUGGAUCGUACUGUGGGCUACAUCAGGGAUAAAAUCCAAAAUCAUGGCCUUACUGACCGACUCAACGUUAUUAUCACUGCUGACCAUGGGAUGACUACUGUUCUACGGGGUGCACAGGUUGAAGAGAUCAUCCUCUAUAAGAUUCCUGGUUUCAACUUCAGUGAUAUCCAGUUCCAUCUGGUGGACUAUGGACCUGUUGGGAUGCUGCUUCCUAAGGAUGGGAUGCUUGAGAAGGUCUACAGUGCCCUCAAAGGAAGUCACCCACAUCUUCAUGUGUAUAAAAAGGAUGAGAUGCCAGUGUGGCUGCACUAUAGUAAACAUGCUCGACUCCUUCCCAUCAUCCUUUUUGCUGAUCCAGGAUACGUAAUCAAUGGGUUCUUCCCUGUGCAGUUCAACAAAGGAGAGCAUGGCUUUGACAAUCAAGUGAUGGACAUGAAGCCUUUCUUCAGGGCAGUUGGGCCUGAUUUCCAGAAGGAUUUAGUGGUUGGGCCCUUUGAGACUGUUAAUGUGUACCCACUCAUGUGCCAUUUACUAGGAAUAAACCCAGAGAUCAAUGAUGGACACCUCGACAAUACCAAGCAAAUGCUGCUCCCCAAGAAAAACACAGAAGGAUAUUACCGUAGGUUCAUCCAAGGCUACUCCAACAUCGUUAAACCUUUGCAUGACCUUACUGCUGGAUAUCCUCCAUCACAGCGGAAACUCAGAGCCACCUUCAAGCGAGAGCAAUAUUUGGAUCCUAAGGAACCACUUGCCAGUCGCUGGACUCCUGCAUAUGCUAGUUCUACCGGGCUAGGAGCUAUUCUGUACCAGGAGCAACAAGGACAAAACCAGGUGAUUGCCUAUGCAAGUCGUGGUCUGUCGAGGAGUGAGUCAAAAUAUCCAGCUCACAAACUGGAGUUUCUGGCUCUCAAGUGGGCUGUGACGGAGAAGUUUCAUGACUACCUCUACGGCACCAACUUCACUGUCAUUACUGACAGCAACCCACUCACCUAUCUACUUACCUCUGCUAAAUUAGUUGCCACCAGUUACCGUUGGCUCUCUGCUCUUUCCACAUUUUCAUUCAAAAUCAUGUACAGAUCUGGUAGGCAAAAUCCAGAUGCUGAUGCUCUCUCUCGCAGGCCACAUGGAGAACUCUCCAAUGACCAGAUGUCCCAAAAGGAGAGGGAGAGAAUUCUCCGAUUUGCCCAACAUCAUCUUCUGGAUCAGUCUUCCUCAAUUUCCAUCGAUCAACGCACAGUCAAGGCCCUUUGUGACCGGCAGCUCGUUUAUAGUAUGGCUGAAAAGAUGUCCACCACCGCACUCAUCCAGUCACUAACUGCCCAUGCCGACAGUUUGCCUGACAGCUUCAUCAACGACACUCAGUUUGCACCUCCUGUUGUUCCUCAGCUGACAAAUGCUGAAAUCGCUGAGAGACAGAGGGAAGACCAGACCUGA